GUCAAAUCGUGGGUCGUACACACAGUCGAUGUAAAUAAUUUUUGCGACCGUAGUUCAUAGUCAACAAAAUGAUGAAGAGUGGUGGGCUGGGAUCUCACCGGCCGCUGUCGGGUCAACUUUACAAGUACACGAAUGUGGUGAAGGGCUGGCAGCAGCGUUGGUUCGCUGUGGACCCCGAAACGGGUGUGCUGUCGUACUAUUUGUUUGAUGGGCCCGGGGACACCGUGCAGCCUGGACAGCCUGCUAGGGGAGAGGCCCAUUUGGCAGCCGCUGUGGUGUGUCCGAGUGAUGAGGACUCGCGCACAUUUACUCUGAACUGUGCAUCAGGAGACAUGCUUAAAUUGCGUGCCACUGACGCGCGGGCGAGACAAGAGUGGGUGGAUGGACUGCGAGCUAUUGCAGAGAUACAUACAAAGGCAAUGGGCGCGAACCCGCCGCUACAGCCGCGCGAGCAGCUUGCCGUGCAUGGUGCUAUGGCGUCCGCGCGACAACAACUACAGCAAACUGAACUAAGUGACGCAUCCCUCGCGCGGUGUAUCGAAUCUUCAGACUCUCCUUUCCCUCACACAGAUCCAGACCUAUUAUUACUGAAGGCCACAUCAGCGGCGAGCAUGCAGUGCCUGCUGCAGUGCCUCGGCAUGCUGCACCGGCAGCAGCAGUACGCCACCACCACGGGUCUUAAGCACGACCACGACCAUUAAUUCCAAGUCUAGUGGACGCGACAUCGCAUCAGCAUUCACAAUCUAAAUUCAAUUCUAAAAUUGAAACUUCAAGGUUAUUUUUUGACUGGCAAAAUCAGAUCUUAUAUUGGGAAUGGAGGCCAUAUAAGUGGUUAUUAUAUUUAUUAUUGCCUGUCAACAAUAAUAAUUAUGUAUCAUGAGAUUUCUCACCCCAAAACUUAUCAGAAACUCGUACAUGUAAAUAAGCGGGUCCACACAGAGCGAGCAGCAUCGCGAGGAAAUUUCCUUGCGCGGCAAAGGCCAAUGUAGACGGUGCCUCGGCCGAGGCACGUCUACAUGAGCCGUUUACCGCGCGAGAGAAUUUCCUCGCGACGCUGCUCGCUCUGUGCGGACCCGCUUAUUAGGCCUUUAAAAAGUUACUAGCAAGACUGUCAAUUUUCUUUUUCUCGUAAUUGUUGUAGAUGACGUUAUAGAACAUAAUAAAAUUUUGGAUAUGGUAUUUAGAAAAUUAUAUAGAAGCGGUCAUUGACAUAAUAGAAUUAUAUUAUAUCAAUAGAAGUUGUCGAAUUCUGAACAACAUGUUUUGAGUGUUGAGUAAAGUGGAUGUUGGCUUAGUAUUUAUUGUAACUGAUUGUACUGGAUAGAACGUGGAGAUGUUCUAUCACAUUCCCUUAGUUGCUAGGUAAAAUUGUAAAAUUAAAUUAAUUUUAUUAUCAGUUGUAAAUGUUGUAAUAGACUAUAAAACAGUAUAAAUACUAUGUUAUGACUUAUCAAUAUCAUCACUUUGCAAAGAG